UGAAGCUGUUUUUAUUUAGCACCAGCAUGAGUGUUGUGGUGUUGCUUUGUCUGCUGCAUGCAGCUUCUGCUGAUUUUUAUAGCUGGGAUGGACCUAGCCGGGUUGCACCAGAUCCUGUCCUCAACAUAGGCAGUGCCUGCAGCACAGACCAGUCCUCUUGUGGUUGCUGCUUUAUGCUGCAAGAGACGAACAAGCUGAAGACGUACUUUGAUGCAACCUUGACUGAGCUGGAGAAGGAAUAUGUGAAAACAAACAAGAGUCUGCACACUGUCGAAGUCAGCCGAGUUGCCUUCACUGUCUCUCUGUACAGUGGGGAUAAUUUCAGGUGUUUCGGCCCUUUCAGUGACAACAAAAUCAUCAUCUACAAACAUGCCUUCAUUAACUACGGUGGGGCCUACAAUACAGACACUGGUAUCUUCACUGUUCCCUACUCUGGUGUGUAUAGCCUGGCCAUCACAGUCUACAGCGACUCUGGUUCUCCUGGUAGCCCGCUGGCAUUGUGCGGCACUCUGUACGUUAACGACAAAGCAGUGGCCGGAGCCAAAGACCUUAACAAAUACGACCGAGAGGACAGUGCAACUAUUGUUGUUGCCCUGCAACUAACAGCUGGAGACAAAGUGUUCAUCAGUUUAUCCAAAGGUUGCUUCAUCUGCGAUGACAGCAGCCACUACAACACUUUCAGUGCUUUCCUGCUUUAUGUUACUGAAUAAGAUGGUUUUCAAUCCAAACUCUUGUCUCAUUUAAUAGCCUAGCAUGUGCUGGAUGAAAUCUCCAUGUGAUGCCAUAUGGUUCCUGUCUCAUCUCAUCUUAUCUCUGUAUAAUCUUUUUUUACAUAAUGGCCUUAUUUUAAAUCCAUCAUGUGUAUUCAGUUUGAAAACAAAGUCUGUCUUUGUUUUCUACUGAUUAAUCUUUUUCUUGCUGAAUAAUGAAAAAUUUUAGAUACGUGCCUGACAUACACCCAACUGUAAAAUUACACAGAAGUAAAUCAAUAUUUUAAACAAGGUGUUUAAAGAAAGUGGAGGAAUUGUAAACAAAAAUUAA